CGUUUCGCAACAGAGCAGUUGAGUUGUCUCAUUUCUUCUUGCAGCUUCCCUUCCCCGCGCUUCUCUCUCUAAAACUCUCUCUCUCUUUCUCUCUCAUCGUCUACUUCUGCAAUUGGCCUGUUUAGGGUUUUGGAGUUCAGGUAUACUUUUUGAUUUUUCUUCCCUUCUCUGGACUAUGUUUCUCUCUUUGUGGUUUUUGAGGUUAGAAAGACUUUGCUUGGCGAUACCUUGUUGUUUAAUUUGACGUGGGUGUUGUUUCAUUGUUGUUAUUUGUCGUUAAUUUUGUGAUUUUUUUGUCUUUACUUUAUUAUUAUUCUUAUUUUUAAUUUUUUCUAUAUGGGUACUGGAGAAUUAUGUCCCGGUGAGGUUUUGAUCCACUGAUUCUCUGUUACAAGUUGUGGGUGUCUAGUGAAUUGGGCAUUCAGACCACUACUGUACUUGUCCUAGGCAUUUAUGUUUUGCAGUUCUAAUAAUGAUUGUGAAAGGAGCUCAUCUCUCUCAUAUAAUGAUUUGAUUGCUAUAGAAAUAGUUGGAGUUUUUUUUUCUAACUGAACUGAAAAUUUUACAGUAUGCUCGUUUUCUCUUUGGGAUUGGUUUGUGAUAUUUUUCAAGUUGAGACUGUUUCCAUAAAUAGGGUUUCCUAGUCUGAGGUUACUGAGUGAAUUGAUAAGUAUGAUUAGGUGCUCUGAAUCUCAGGAAAACCUUCUCAAGGGAUGUCCUGAGCUAUUGUAAACCACAGGUGAAUAUACCCUCUCUUAAGGUUCCAAAUUUGCUCAAACCAGUAAUUUGUGUCAGCAUCUGCUAAAUGUUCUCUAAGAGUUGUAAAAGUCAUUCUUUUGUGUUGCAGAGGGCAUUUUUUAUGAGUGCAAUUUUGUUUCUAAUGCCCUUUGAGUUGAGUCCAUCCUGUGUUAUGCAUAGGGUUGUGUUCAGGCUUUCAGGACAUUUCAUCAAUUAUCAUUUGUAUUUUUUUGUUAUCUUUUUUUGGCAUUAUUCCACUUUUUCAAAAUGGCACCAUGUUGGUUCUUAAUGACUCCAAGAGAAAGACACAAAUCCCAUGGAGAUCAAAUUGAUACAAUUUCAUUUCCUUGAGAUUGCCAGGUCCCCAUCACAACACUUUCAUGAGGAUGUAGGAAAAAAUGAGAUUACUUCUAUAAUUUGGGAUUUGAAACAUGCUAUAUAAUUUUAUCCUUCUCUGGAUGGGAUUUUUAUGACUCCCAAACCUUCUCCUCAUGACUCCAACAUGAUACCCAUGAAUGUAGGUUUUUGCGGUUGUUGUUUGUUAUCCUCCUUAUAAUUUACUUCUCUUUGUUUUCUAUCUUCAUGCCUCUUAUAGUAAUGUUUUUGCCAGGAUUAGAGUGCACAUUGGCUGUCGAUCCAAAACAUACUCUGAAAUUCUUGACUACAUGUAUUUUCCAUGUUUUUAUUUGUUUUAUCCCCUCAUUUUGAUGGAUGCAUCAUCAACUAACAGGUCUGCUAUAUUAUGAAUAUACACCGUUUGUGUUCCACAAUGAGAAGAUAGGGUAUCAUUGAACCAAUUCUUCCUUUGUAAACAUGGGUACUGAUUCACUCAUCCCCCUUAAAGAUCAGAAAGGAAAACAGAGUUUUUUCGCAGAGGUCGUUAAUACAGAAAAACAGUUGUGGGCAUUAAUCCAUUCCAAAGGUUUAUUGCAUUCUGAAACUCAAGACUUGUACCAAAAGGUUCGUUCUAGUUAUGUGAAAAUCAUCCUGAAUGAACAAGAAACAGAACAACUCAAGAUAUUGAAUAUUCUUUGUGGAAGCUUCACUAUAAGCAUAUUGAUGAGUUUCGUAAAAGAAUACGCCAAAGUUCUGCUAAUGGAGAGAGCAAGAAAUCCACAAUGCCUCAGAAUGUUGCUAAUACACAGAACAGCAAUGAUAAAUAUUUAGAAGGAUUUAAAUUGUUUCUGUUGGAAGCUACUGAAUUUUACCAAGACUUGAUCAAGAAAAUAAGAAGAUGUAAUGGGCUUCCAGAGGAACCAUUGUUCUAUAGAAAGUCUGGGAUCUAUAGUUCUGUUCUACCAACAAAAAUGCGUGAUUGCCAAUUUUCAUGCCAUCGUUUUUUUGUUUGUCUUGGGGAUCUUGCUAGAUACAGAGAGCGUUAUGAAAAACCUGAUGUUCAGAGUCGCAACUGGUCAGUUGCUGCUACCUAUUACUUAGAAGCAACAAUGAUUUGGCCAGAUAGUGGAAACCCCCAAAAUCAGUUGGCUGUAUUGGCAACAUAUGUUGGUGAUGAGUUCCUUGCUCUGUACCACUGUGUAAGAAGUUUAGCUGUUAAAGAACCUUUUCCCGAUGCCUGGAAGAACCUCAUUGUACUGUUUGAAGAGAACAGGUUAUCCAAUCUGCAGUCCCUUUCAAAGGAGGCCCACUUUGAUUUCUUAAAACCAUCCGAGUCCUUUGAGAUGAUCCAAUCACAAUCAAGUGAUGGUUCCUCAAAUUGCAGUAUAUCAAGUUCCACUGAAGAAGUCCAUUCUGUGGAAACUGAUUUAUGGUCCCUUAUUAUUAGAAUGAUUAGUUUUUUCUUCAUAAAAUCCAGUUUGGAGGAUUUCCCUUCCACUUUUGCAUCCACUAUGAAAGAGUUGAAAAGGUUGAUGGGACUGGAUAAUACAAAAUUAAAAGCCACAUUGGAGUCAUAUCAGCGUACAGAUGCUGGGAGAACAGGUCCUUUUCGAGCCAUCCAAGUUGUUUCUGUGCUCAUCUUCAUCAUUGAAAACCUAACUAAAAGCCCAGAACAAAACGAUCCAAAAACCAAAAAUGAUAUGCAGCAACCUGCCUUGACACAGUUGGCAUUGGCUGCUACAUUCAUUUGCAUGGGUUGUUUUACUGAUAGAUGUUUGACGGGAAACCCUGUCAAUGAUUGCCCCAUUUUACCGGCUGUGCUUGUAUUUGUGGAGUGGCUGGUGGCCGUCCUUGAUAAAGAGGAAAUAUUUGGAGCUGAUGAAAAAGCGAAAGUGCCAUUUCGUACUUUUUUGGUGCAUUUGUUGAGCUUCUGAAUCAGCUUGAUGAUAAAAGGGGUAAUGUCGAGUCUCCAGAUUCUACUGCUCUGUGGGAAGACUAUGAGCUGCGUGGCUUUGCACCAGUUGUUCAUGCACAUGAGUCAUUAGAUUUUGGUGCACAUUGGGGAAACUUAAACAGUUAUGAGAGUAGAAAUGAAUGUCGUGGUCAACGAAUCACUCAUGCAGCAAUUAAGAUUGCAAACGGAUCCAGUGAUUCUCGGAAGUGGAUCAUCUAUGAUGAGGUGGAAAGAAAAUUCUACACCGGGGAGUCAAAAAAAUCGCCCAAUAGCAGAGGAUCAGAAUUGGUGGAGCCUUGCUCUGCUGUUGAAGUAGAACUGCCCUGUCAGCCUAUUUGUGAAAUCAACAAAGAAUGCGAGCAACAGAUACUUGGGGAAAAUCAGAGCAGCCCUCAAGUGCAUAGCAAAUCUGUUGCUGUUGAAGAGGAAGAAGUUAUUCUCUUCAAA